CUUGCGCGCCUGCCGGAAAUUGUCCUCUCUCUCUCUCUCUCCCACCCCCUCCCUUGUUUUUAUUAUUAUUUUCUUCAACAAAUUACUCUGACAGUUACAAGGAGUGAUGCAAUCGAAAAGCAGUCCGGAGGGCGGCUGGAGUGUCGGUGCCUGAGAGCGGGAUGUUUUGGAAGGGUUAUUUUCUCACCACUGAGAGGAGAAAGCGAAGGGGAGAGGAGAGGAGUGAUGAGUCUCAAAGCAACUAAUAAUUUAAUGUGAAGCCCCUUGGCUCCGUCCUGACUGAGGAGGAGAGAAAGAGAAAGAGAGAGAGAGAGAGAGAGAGAGAGGGAGAGAGAGAGAAAGAGAAGCCCAGGCAGAGACAGCCGCCUGCCAGCCACCGCCACCAAACCCCACAGCCCGAACUGGACUUUUCAACAGCAGCAACAACAAAGUCACUGACUUUUUGGGUUGGAAACAAUAUAUAUCACGUCCGCGUCCCAAGUUGCCCUUUAAAAAAAACCCUUAAUAUAUUUGCUGUCUCCCCCCCCCCCCCCCCCUUCCGCCUAGUCAAAUACUUUCCCCCUUCCUUCAGUACCCAAAGAGCGAAGAAGAUAUUUUUCUUAUUUUUAACACACAAAAAAUUCUCAUUCAGACAGAGGGAGAAAGAAAAAAAAUAUUUGGGAGCUAAAUACUGUCCAGAAACCAACCCGUCCGGCUGUUAGUUUUCAUGAAGAGUCCGAAGCGAAGAGUUGCUAUUUUUCUUAAGCCUUGGAAGUUUGGCUUUUAGCUCUGCGCAUAAAAGUGGGUUAUCUCUGAGAGUUGAUGGUGAGCAUGGAAAAACCCAGUGAAACAGUGCAAGUGAAGGAGAAUUCAGAAAAAAGCAACAAUCUCAUUGAUCCUAAAAGUCCCCCGGCUAAGAUCCCCCGCUUGGAGCAGAAUGGAAGUCUCUCCACCCGCAGCAGACUGGGUAGCAUGGGUGCCAAAGUGACUGGAGGCUCACCCAAACACAUGGGCCAGCUGGUGAAAAUCGGUAAUAAAAAAGGAAAUAUGCUCCCUGUUUUCUGUGUGGUGGAACAUUUUGAAAGUCCCAUUGAGUAUGAAAGUAAAGAAGAGCAUGCAGAGUUUGUUCUGGUACGGAAGGACAUGCUGUUUAACCAACUAGUGGAGAUGGCACUGCUUUCUCUUGGAUAUUCCCAUAGUUCCGCAGCACAGGCAAAAGGCCUGAUCCAGGUUGGGAAAUGGAAUCCAGUCCCUCUCUCAUAUGUGACAGAUGCACCGGAUGCCACAGUAGCAGACAUGCUGCAGGAUGUGUAUCAUGUGGUCACACUGAAAAUUCAGUUGCACAGUUGCCCAAAACUGGAAGACUUGCCACCUGAACAGUGGACACACACAACAGUCAGAAAUGCUCUGAAGGAACUACUGAAAGAAAUGAACCAGAGCACACUGGCAAAAGAAUGCCCCCUCUCCCAGAGUAUGAUUUCCUCCAUUGUAAACAGCACUUACUAUGCAAAUGUAUCAGCAGCAAAAUGUCAAGAAUUUGGAAGAUGGUAUAAACAUUUUAAGAAGACGAAAGACAUGUUUGCUGAAAUGGAGACCAUGUCUGAAUUGUCUAUUUCACAGCCAGGAACAAAUCAUGUAAACUUUGGAACACAAACACUUCCUAGGAAUGGUACUGAUCUGCCCCAGCCACCGUCACCUGCUCAACUUCCCCACAGUGGCCAGCCAACUACCAGGCCCCAGCUUUCUAAUUUGCAUCCUGGACUUGUCUCUGCACCUCUUAGUCCACAGCUGGUGAACCAGCAGCUGGUUAUGGCCCAGAUAUUAAACCAACAAUUUGCUGUCAAUAGACUUCUGGCACAGCAGUCCCUUAAUCAGCAAUACCUAAAUCACCCUCCGGUCAACCGAUCAAUGACUAAACCAUUAGAACAACAGCCUUCAUCAAAUGCUGAAGUGUCUACCGAAAUCUACCAGUGGGUUCGUGAUGAGUUGAAGCGAGCUGGCAUCUCCCAAGCAGUGUUUGCUCGUGUGGCUUUCAACCGAACUCAGGGUCUACUAUCUGAAAUACUCAGAAAGGAAGAGGACCCCAAGAUUGCCUCACAGUCUUUGUUGGUCAAUUUGAGAGCAAUGCAGAAUUUUCUAAACCUUCCUGAAGCAGAAAGGGACCGUAUUUACCAGGAUGAAAGGGAGAGAAGCCUCAAUGCAGCCUCAGGGAUUGGAACUGCACCUUUGAUAAGUUCUCCUAACCGUACCCAACAGGUCAAAACAUCGUCCAUUACAACUGAGUGGAAUGGUAAAUUGGAAGGCUGUGCAUUUAAUAUUAAUGCUUCCAUUUACGAUGAGAUUCAGCAGGAAAUGAAGAGGGCCAAAGUGUCCCAAGCACUAUUUGCUAAGGUUGCAGCAACAAAGAGCCAGGGAUGGCUAUGUGAACUUUUACGUUGGAAAGAAGAUCCUUCACCAGACAAUCGGACACUUUGGGAAAACAUAUCAAUGAUCAGGAGGUUCUUGAGUCUUCCUAUAACUGAGAGAGAUACCAUUUAUGAGCAAGAAAGCAACGUGAUCCAUCAUCAUGGAGACCGACCUUCUCACAUCAUGCAUAUUUCUGCAGACCCAAUUCAGCCACAACCAGCAACACCCCGACUUGCACCGAAACAGCCAACAUCAACACCAACAGAAGCAGAAGAUGAAAGCCGUCAUAAGCUCAGAUCUCGCACUAAGAUUUCUGUUGAAGCCCUGGGAAUAUUGCAGAGCUUUAUACAGGAUGUAGGUUUGUACCCAGAUGAAGAAGCAAUUCAGACUCUGUCAGCUCAACUUGACCUGCCCAAGUACACAAUUAUAAAGUUCUUUCAAAACCAACGUUACCAUCUCAAGCAUCAUGGCAAGCUGAAAGACCAUGCAGGUUUGGAGGUAGACGUGGCAGAAUAUGAAAAAGAAGAGUUGCUGGAGGACUCUGAGGACUCAGAAGAAAGUGAUGGAGGUAAAAGUUCAAAAGAAAUAUAUUCAGUUAAAGUAGAAGAGACCUUACAGGGAGAAGGGACUACAAAUAACUUAGAUUCUAAUCAGGAACCAAAUGACUGACCCUGAUAUAACAAUAAUUUCUUUUUGAAACUGUGCCACUUAUGUAUAAUUAUUUGAAAAAAAAGCAUCUUGUUUCCUGCAUUAUUCAUCAGAAAGACCAACAGGCUUUACAAACUUGCACAAAAAACUGAUAAAGAAUCCCAGUAAAAGACUGAACAAUUCUCCUAUGGAUAAUGCAGACUGCACUAGAAGUAUCUUUUUGUUCAAGCAAACUAGCAGCUACAUAUAAAGCAUUUGGAAUUGCCUUGAACAUUUUUGUAACUGCUGUUUACUGAUUAAUGGCAGUUUCUGUACAAAGUACCAACAAGGGAAAUUGGUACUGUCUCAUGUUUGUCUGUAACUGUAUUGGCUGUCAGACAUAAAUUGCAGAUUCAGGAGUUUUCCACAUAUAAUCACAGAUUACCCAGUUCUAAAUGGAUGAAAAUACUCCAGUUUCAGUUCUCCAUUAAAAACCAAUCUGUGUUUUGCAACUUACAAGAAAAAUUUGGCUUUUUGAAAAUAACAAAUUUGUAAAUGAGGAUACAAAAAAAAGGAAGAAACUGCUCACUGCGAAAUGCAGUGUUAAUGGAAAAUAUGCCAAUAAUUGCCUUGUGUAAUAUGGCACUGCCAUCAUUCAAUUAUUCUGCAAGAGAGCAAUCACUGUAACUUUGAGUCUUGUCAUUACCUGAUUUUAAAAUGUGAAACACAACUUUUUUUUUAAAAAUUGUGUAAUUUAGACUAUUUAUUUUCAGAAAACUUAGCCUCAUGAUGUAAUUAAUUUUUUGAAGUUUCUGUUACAUGUAACAUUGUGCUUUUUCAUACUGACUUUUUCUAUUUAUAAAUGUAUUUUGAUGGGCAGUGAUACAAAGUGUCUUAAAAGUUUCAAUUGAAAAAUUGGGCUUUAAAAUUUGCCUAAAACUGCUGUAUGUUAUCAAAGCAAUUCAUACCAUGGGCUUCAAUCUUUAUGGUGUAUGCAAUUUUCUAUAUUAAUGUUAAACCAUCAUGCAAAUGAACAUAGGUCAAUAAAAAUUAAAUACAUUAGAUAACUUAUAAAAUUAACACAAAAAUAGAUGUUUUGCAAUGUGUCUUCCUUCAGUUUACAAUGGAUUGAAGCUUUUCUCAGUAAAUUUCUGUAAGAAGAUUAUGUGUAUCUGUUUCUCUGAGUUAUCUUGCUACGUGGAACUAUGAGAUCACAAAUUAUUUUGUUAAAUCUGACCAUGUUUUUUUUUAAAGCAUAUUACGUUUUUUCUUUAUGCAAAAAUGUUCAGAUGGGGAUGGUUAUUAAUUGUUAAUCGCACAAUUAAACUAUCUUUGUAUAAUAACAAAA